UAGCCAUUCCAAGGGGAGAAGUAACUGAGGCUGCAGCCAGCCUCCCCUUGAUCCUUUGCCCUUUUUUGAAACGUCGUUCCCAGCUGUCAACCAAAAAUAACCUCCAUCCCACACCAUAUUUGUGCAAGAGACAAGGAGUGAGUCGAAAGCGGGUCAGGAGUGAGUCCUGUGCGAUUUCUGCAGCAUGCAGCUUGCUUUCUGCGUUCACGGGCAAUGCAUGUAACACAGCUGAACUGGGAAUGCCUUCUGCACAUUUUCUCCUUUCUGGACAAAAACAGCAGGAAGAGUUUAGCCCAGACAUGUCAAAGGUUGCUCAGGGUGUUUCAGGACCCCUCGCUGUGGCCUCUGCUGCACUUUCAUUCUCCUGCAGAGCUAACAAAGGAUAACUUUGUGCUGGGACCAGCCUUGCGUUACCUCUCCAUCUGCUGGCAUUCCAGCCAAGUCAAAGUGUGCAAUGUCGAGGACUGGAUGAAGACCACCUUACAGAGCAACAUUUGCAGCGUACACAAACACAUAGUCAAUGAUUUUUUACUCCAGGUUUGCAACAGGUGUCCAAACUUGCUGUCUUUGACACUUUCUGGAUGUGGCCACGUCACUGACAAUUAUGUCACAUUGCUUCUCAAGAGUUGCUCCUGCCUCAAGACUCUCCAACUGGAAAACUGUGUCCAGAUCACCGACCAGACUCUAGAAGCUGUAACCCUCUACGCUGACGCCUUACAAACUCUGCAUGUGGAUUUUUGCAGAAAUGUAACACAAGCUGGUUUGCAGCGAGUCCGUAAAAAGCGUCCAUCAAUAAGUCUAAAAGCAGAAAGAAGUGCAAACAUGAUUCCAGACAAAAAGCCAGGCAGCUGGGCAUCAGAAAGAGCAUUCAAGAAACUGCUGUGGCACUAGCCGAGAGAACCGUAGUGUAUUUUAUUUGUGUACCUCUCUUCGCAUGUAUUUGGGGUGUCGUGUCCAUGCAAGCAUCUAUAGAGAAGCAGAUAUCAAGGUACAGCCGCUAGGAAAUGCUCCUUAUACAAAGUAACUAAAAUGUGAGAAUAGCAAAACGCCUCUCCUAAGCACUUGGAUAUUUGGCUACUGGGAAUGAGCAAUAUGAGGUUUGGAUGUCCCCUUAUUGGAAGAUUUGGAGACCCAGAGGGUUCUGACCCAUUUCCCAAGCUUGCAAGGAAUAUUUGUGAAAACAAAGUGCAGUUUUUUAAAAACAAAACAAAACACCGAACUAUGUAUUGAUAAACAAAGAUUUUUGAACAAGUUAAAGAAGCCCUCUAACAAUAUGACAAACACAAACCAUUUUUCUGUCUAUGGAAGCUUCUUUAAGUAAUGCUGGACUUUUGAACUUUUAUUGAAAUCUCAACAGGUGAUCAUCUCUAAAAUACCAAGAACUAGCAAAGGAAAGUGCGUAUCUCAACUCACAAUGGCUAAAUCUCUAUCAGGUGCACUGAUUUCUUUUUUAGUGCAAAUGACUUGGAUGUUUAAGCUGCAGUUUUCCAGAACUCUUAUGUUUACAUUAGCAGGGGCCCAUUCACAUGUAUUGCUUCUUUGAGGGACCCUCUGAGUUGUGAUUCCUAUUAUGGUAGAGCUUUGACUUACCCUACUGAAAUCUGUCUCUUUCCCCACCCAACGAGGUUGAUCACAAACAAUGUCUUAAUAGUUAAUCCAGUAGAAAGGGUGAAACACAUUGGAAUUCCUGCAGUGCUUUGAUACACAUUUUAUGUGCUGGAUUUAAGAAGGUUCUACAUUUACUCAACAAAAUGCCACAUUUUUCAUUUAACAUUAGACUUUUCAUGCCUCUUCCACACUCCUAGCUCUGACAGGCAUGACUUCCAUUCCUUUGUACUGCUAGACCCCCAGACCCUUACUUGCCCAUGGUUUAAGUCUCUCCCUUGUGGAAAACAGGCAUAUUAACCAGAUGAAUUCUCAGUUCUUCCAUAUUGUCUCCCACUUAUCUACCUGUGAAGGCUCAAAGACAGCCUCUGCCCUUCUAUCUUGCUUGAUGGUUCCCAGGUUGGAGCUUUGACCUCUGUACCUGGUUUUACGUCUUGAGUAUCAUUUUAAGAAAACAGAGGGAAAGGAGAAAAAAACUAGAAAUAAUGUGGUGGAAGAUCAAACUAAUACAAUAAACAGAAGACUGAAAUGACAAACCACAGUUCUAAGUCAGCUUCAUUGCAUAUACUGUAUAAACCACUGGAAAACCACUAUUCAGUUCUUGAAUUUGCUUUAUUUUCUCUGCAUAAGGAACCCUGCACAGGCAUUUCAAAUUAAAACAAAAAUAAAUAUAUGAAUAUUCAUGUAAAA